CUCCUUCUUUCUCCCUCCACUCCGCCUCCUCCUCCUCCUCCUCCUCUCCCACCACUGUCAAUCCCACAAGAUGUUUUUCUUCGGGCUUGGGAAGCUCGUCUAUGCAGCUAUCCUCCUCACCAACGCUAUUGCAGUCCUCUCCGAAGACCGCUUCCUCGCCAGGAUCGGAUGGGGUCGCACCCAGGCUGACCCAGCCUUCGGCGCGACAUACGACAACUCCAGCGUGAAAGCAAAGACAGUCAAUUUGAUCGCCAGCAUCCGGACCCUAAUGCGAAUACCCCUAAUCGUGAUCAAUACCGUCAUCAUCGUCUAUCAGCUAAUCCUCGGGUGACCGCAUCUCAUACCUGCCUCGACUGAUCCUGCCCGCGGAUUGCUGCGGCUGUUCUUAUCUUUCCAAGUCCCCGUCUCGCAAAAUCGCCGGUUGCAUCCUGUGGAGCCUAUCUUCAUCCUCCUCCCUUCCUUCCUCUCCACACUUCGAUCGACCGUACCGACUGGGGGGAAGAAUAGCGCAAUGUCAGAAGAAAUCUACGAGACGAUGGGUCGAGGGAACAGGCUACAAACAGACGGACGGGCGGACGGGCGGAUGGGCAGACAGGCAAGCUAGCUAGCAAGCAAGCAAGCGCAGCAGGAGGAAGACGACGACAAUGAUGAAGAAGCUGCGGUCGGAAGCUGGCUGAGACCGCGUCAGUGACUUGGGUCUCUCUUCCACCGCGGGAAUAUUGUUGCGACGGCAACUUGCAUACUGUGAUUGAUGCGGUGUUCUCAUGUAUUUACUACUACCUUACUAUUUAUUACUACUUACUACUUUCUGC